GACUGCGUGCCUGUGCGAGAGCGCGCAGACCUCGGGAGGCGUGGACGCGCAUGGACAGGCUUUAUGAGAUGCAGUCAGAUAGGGAGGUGACAGAGCGGACAGAGCCCGGGAGACCGAACCGGAGAGCAGGGAGGGUUUCUAUCUGACAGGUGGGUGAGAUGGUGUCGGCCCCCUGACUCACCCUUCACCCCCUCGGUUUGUUUCGCGGCGGUGGGAGAAGGACUGGAGCCCGGAGCAGGAGCCGCACAGCCACGCACUGACGCCGGGGAGAGGAGAGGUGACCAUGGGCUCUGCUUCGUCCUCCUACCGGGUCAUUUACCUGGAUGUGGACGGCAGGAUUCAGAAGGUGGUGUUCAGUAGAUUCUGCAGCCCAUGUGACAUCAAGGAACUGCUCUGUACAGCCCUGAGUGUGCCAAGGAACACUAACCUGUCCCUGCUGGAUUCAUCUGGAGCCAUGGUGUCCAUCGACCCCACCAUGCCACACAACACAGACAGGUCACCGUACCGAGUGGUGCCUAUGACUGGAGGACAGCUUGCUGAUAAAGAGGAACUCUUUCAGAAUGUACUGACGCAGGUAGCAGAGCAGUUCUCCAGGGCCUUUAAGAUCAAUGAGCUGAAGACUGAGGUCACCAAUCGUCUCGCCAUGUUGGAAAAGAGAGUCGAGUUGGAGGGCAUGAAGGUGGUGGAGAUUGAGAAAUGUCGCAACGACAUCAAGAAACUCCGUGAGGAGAUGGCAUCGAGAAACAAUAGUAACUUCCUGGAAGACAAUAAGAAGCUGACGCCUCGUAGAGACGUGCCCUCCUACCCCAAGUACAUGCUGUCACAACAGACCAUAGACGCCCUCAAAAAACCCGCCUUUGAUGUCUGGCUGUGGGAGGCCAAUGAGAUGUUGAGCUGUCUCGAACAUAUGUACCAUGACCUUGGCUUGGUGAAAGACUUCAACAUCAACCCCAUCACCCUCAAGAGAUGGCUGUUGUGCAUUCAUGACAACUACAAGAACAACCCCUUCCACAACUUCCGCCACUGUUUCUGUGUCACCCAGAUGAUGUACAGCAUGAUCUGCCUCUGCAGCCUGCAGGAGAAGUUCACACAGGUGGACAUUUUGAUUCUCAUGACAGCUGCUGUGUGUCAUGAUCUCGAUCACCCUGGAUUCAACAACACGUACCAGAUCAAUGCCAGGACAGAGCUGGCAGUUCGCUACAAUGACAUCUCUCCUCUGGAGAAUCAUCACUGUGCUGUGGCGUUCCAGAUCUUCUCUCAGCCCGACUGCAACAUCUUCUCCAACUUUGACCCAGAGGCCUUCAAGCAGAUACGGCAGGGAACCAUCACACUGAUCCUGGCCACAGACAUGGCUCGACACGGUGAGAUCCUUGACUCUUUCAAGCAGAAAGUCGACAACUUUGACUACACAGACGAGGAGCACGUCACCUGUCUGAAGAUGGUGCUCAUCAAGUGCUGUGACAUCUCCAACGAGGUGCGGCCCAUGGAGGUGGCUGAGCCAUGGGUGGACUGCCUGCUGGAGGAGUACUUCAUGCAGAGCGACAGGGAGAAGGCUGAGGGACUUCCUGUGGCUCCAUUCAUGGACAGAGAGAAGGUCACCAAGCCCACGGCUCAGAUCGGCUUCAUCAAGUUUGUCCUCAUCCCCAUGUUUGAGACGGUGAUGAAGCUGUUCCCACAGAUUGAGGAGGCUAUGGUGCAGCCUCUCAGGGAGUCCAGAGACAGAUAUGAAGAACUCAAACAGAUCGAUGAUGCUAUGAAUGAGGUGCAGAAGAAGAAAAGUGAGAACUUGACCAUGGGAGGGAAGAAGAAGUAAAAGGUUAAAAAAGAUCCAGUCCAGAGCUCGGAUUGGAGCAGAGACCUCAGUAAACUGGAUGAGACUGGUUGAUCCUGCAUCAUCACUGUGUCCUGUCGUCACCUCAGUCUGAUGAAGAGCAGUGGAGCAUCGGGUCAUGUGUCUCUCAGACAGCGUUACAGGGCUGGACUCCAGGAACAGAGGGACAAUCCAAAGCCUUUUCAGGGACCGUCAAUGUUUGUACAGCACAGACCACUUCAGUCUACAAUGUUUAGAUACACAACUUUUUUUUUUUUUUUGAAACGUGUUGUUUUUUUUUACAGAUUGUACAGAUUUAUAGUGACAUUUGUUCUUUCCUACAAAAUAAAGAGAUGACUUUAAUUAUUCAAUUCAAGUCUGGACUGUUGAUGUCUCUAAACCAGUGACCAGACAUCUCCUCUACAGUAAUAUAUCCAUAAACAGAUCAACAUGUUUGUGUACCAUGACUGAAGAGCAGCAGUUGAGGCCACAGAUACUCAUGUUUACUGAAUCAGCUGGUUUGUCAUAAUUGGAUUAAUUGCAAGUCUUUUUAGCAAAAUAAAAAUGUUGAUAUUUUAAUGUCCAGCUUGUCAUCACAGCAGAAGCUUUAAUGAGCAGUGAGAGCUUCACAGACCUGGGUCGGGUCUCUCAGCUUCCUACCAAGCUCUCAAUCCUCUGGUUGUUGGUCCCAGGAUCAGAGGAGGAUCUGCAGACCUGGGUCACAUCUAAGAAAAUAAAACAACACUCCCUCCUCUCAAAAUACAUCAUCGUCUGUCAUCACGCAGCAGGUCUCUGUCAGUGACACUAAGUUAAUAAUCCUGUAAAUGACACAGUAUUUCAUAUUAUUUUGUGUUUAACACAAUGGAAAACAGGAUUACCAGUUUAACCAUAAUGUGAUGAUUAAAGUCUGAUAUACAUGUUUUUGUAAAUGGAUCAAACUCAAACCCAAUUUUGCAAUCAAUCUAUAGUCAAUGACAAAUAAUGACAAAUUGAAAAAUUAUUAAAAAUCUGACAUUCAGAAAGUUUUCAGACCUUUAGCCUAAGGUACUUCCUGUUGGAGUUCACCUGUGUCAAACUGACCUGACUGGACAAAGUUUAACAAGACUCAGACCUGUGUUCUCAGUUCAAGAUGCAGAUAAAAUAUAAAAUAUGAAUGCCAGAUGAUGAAUUGUGUAGUAUUGUUGUUGUAUUAUU